CACUAGCUUGGCUGUCUGCUUCUUUCUCACUCACAAAAUCUAACAAUAAGUCAGGUCGCAGGAAACACAUUUACAGGUGGGAAGUCUAACCCACUGUAGACUACUGAGACAUUUUUUCCGACAAUCAAGACCCUCAGCAGUACAGUAGAUCAAGAUGAUUUUUCUAAUGGACCUCCAGAUGAUGGUGCUGGAUGUGAUUUACUUCAUCAUUCGCAACUCUAUACGGAUCAUCCUGCGCCCACGCACCAAGCCCAUUGAUGGGGAGCUUGUGCUGAUCACAGGAGCAGGUGGAGGCCUGGGUCAGAUCUUUGCUCAGGAAUUCACCAAGCAUGGGGCAGAGGUUGUGCUUUGGGACAUCAACAGCAGUUCCAACGAACAGACAGCCAAGCUGGUGCGGGAGAAGGGGGGCAAGGCGUACACGUACACGGUGGAUGUGACCAACAGGGAGGAUGUGUAUCGUAGCGCAGAGCUUGUUAGGAGGGACCUGGGCCGGGACGUUACAAUGCUGGUGAACAACGCUGGAGUGGUGGCUGGGGAGCGCAUGUUUGACUGUCCUGAUGAAAUGAUAGAGAGGACCAUGAAGGUCAACUGCCAUGCUCUCUUCUGGACAGUGAAAGCCUUUCUCCCUCAGAUGAAGGCCCAGAAUCACGGACACGUCGUCACCAUCGCCAGCGUCCUCGGUCUCUUCAGCACAGCUUGUGUCGAGGAUUACUGUGCCAGUAAGUUUGCAGCAGUGGGCUUCCACGAGUCUCUGGCCCAUGAACUGCUGGCUGAGGAGAUAGAUGGAGUGAAGACGACUCUUGUGUGUCCCUACAUUGUAGACACCGGCAUGUUUGAAGGCUGCAAGAUACGGGAGGAAGUGGAACUGUUCCUCCUGCCCCCUCUGGACCCCCAGUACUGUGUGGAGCAGGCCAUGAACGCCAUCCUGGUAGACCAGCCGUUAGUAUGCAUCCCUCGCCUCACAUACCUGCCAUUCCUCUCCAGAGCAUUGUUGCCAUGGGAAUCCAAUGUGGUUACAUAUCGUUUCAUGGGGUCUGACAAGUGCAUGUACCCCUUCAUUGAGGCUAAGAGGCAACUAUUGAAUAGCGCCAUUAAGGUUGAAUAAUUUCACAUUAGUACUGUCAAUAAAAUCUUUGUACAGAUGAGGAUUAGUGUAACCAAAAUGUAUUUCGUUCUGUAGUCGAUUUGGGAGUCAAAACAAAACUAAAUAAGAAUAUCCUUCUGCUUGUGUGGACAACAGUGGGCCAAACUGCCCAGUUACACCCGUGAUUCAUUAACAACCUAUUGCACAAAUAUAAUACGGAGGCCAAAUAAAGCGGACUGUGAGCUUCAGAAUAACCACUCAGGAGUGUGUACCAGAUGACAACUCAGCCAAGUGAUCAUCGGCACCCACACAACUACUGUACAUUGAGAUUAUGUUUAUAGUCCCUUCAAACAGAUUUCUCCAUACACCUGCGAGAUGAGCACUAAACACUUACUGGAUCCUGGACUGGCCAAAAGGCGAUGUGUCAGAAAUAUCUAUAAUUUAAUGUUUCAGGAUAUUGCGCAGUAU